CAGAAAGAAGGCUCCAGUAAAGCCAAUCGACAGCUGGUCAAAAGUAAUCCGCCGUCUUCUUCUGGUGGGAUAGACGUUCGAAUCUCCCCGUUAAACUAUUUUAUUCGAGAUGGAAUUAUGCUUAAUAACAUUCGCACAGUUGAUUACCAGGAAGGUUAUCAGCAUCUUUUUAUGCAUUUUCAGAUUCCUAUCGUUUCUGGAGAUUCGAUCAGCUCUUCUGGUCUCCUGACGGUCCCGUCACAGAUUCAGUCUCAUUUUCCCGAGCAAGCCUGGCCGUCUACGCUGAAUGAAAGCUCAUUUAAUCUUCCGACUAGAUCUUCUGUUCCUGAGAAACCAAUAAUUCUUUCGGAGCAGCUGCAGGAGAUUACGGAUUCUGUAGUUUCCAUUUCCAAUCAUAUCCAAGACGCCGAACUCCACAGAUCCCUUUCUGCUGAUUCGGAUGCCUGUCUGCUGUGCAAGGAUAUGGAGCAUGUCGACAAGGUCUCUUGUACAUCGAAGUCUGAAUUCGUAGAUGAAGUUGGCAUUGAGGCGAAUCACUGGCUGGCCACUUCCGCCACAGCUCACAACCAGGACGCUCAAUCCUGUGACGGCCUUGAGCCGAUUGCUCUGUUCAACACAUCCUCAAAUGGAAGGAUCGGCUGUAUUCUUUCUUAG